CGUUUCUCCGAAAUAUUUAACCUCUCUCCAUCCUUCUUACGUCUCUCUAGAUUUUUUCAGUUCCCCUGAAGUCGAUGAUUUUCUAAGUUCAUUUGACCGAAGAAUUCUGCUUUCCAGUAAAGUCCGAAUUCUUUUCCGAGAAUAUCUCUUUCUUCAGAUCAGAAAAAUAAAAAAUAAAAAUUGAUCGUUGAUUUGAUUUUCAUGAUUAUCUGUCAUUCAUUAACUACAGAGUUUUGGCAAUCUCGAACGAGUGAUUUCGUGAAUCAAAGACAAUGAAGGAGGAGGAAGAAGAGAAGCAGCGGAGUGGGAGUACUCACAAACGGAUAGGAGAGGUGGUUGGUGGGACGGCGGCGGAGUGUGCGAUGGUCUGCUGCUGUUGUCCAUGUGCAGUGAUGCAUUUUCUGGUAUUAGCGGUAUACAAAGUUCCGACGGGACUGUGCCGGAAGAUGUGGAGGAAGAAGAAGCGGAAGAGGCUUUUGAGGAAUAAGAAGAAAGAGGAGGAUUCAUGGAAGGCGAUGAAGAAAAAUAAGAGCGAUUUGCUUAACGUUUAUAACGAGGAGGAGUUUGACGGUGAAGAUGACGGAGACUACGACGGAGUACGAGAAGCCGCCGAUUUUGAAACGGAGAUGUGGGACCGGUUCUAUGGAGCUGGAUUUUGGAGGACCCCAUCUCAGAAGGAGGAGGAUUAACAAUUGUAUAAGCAAAAUAAGUAAGGACUUGAGUGCAAUUAUAAGGGGAAAAUGUAAAAGAAAUUGAAGAAAAUUUUGGCAUUUGAAGAUUAAUGAUUUGUUAGGGCGAGUGGAGUAAAUCUGACGAAAGUUCGCCAAAGUAUGACAGCAUUAAGUGAGUAAAAAUUCAUCGAACACGAUUAUUCAGGCGCACACGCCAUUUAUUUUUAUUUUUUCUCUUCUGUACUAGGAGAUAUGGUCCACCACACGGACUUCACCAUGUUACAUUUGUACAUAUAUUUAUUUUUUUAUUUGCUUAUUUUGUUGUAUUUUCUUCGUAAAAUGAAUGUGACAGUUGAAAAGCUUUAAUAUGUGAUGAAAUGUACUGAUUAGCUGGUGUAUUUUCCUUGUCAUCUUCAGAUCACCAUAUUGAGAGUUUUCUUUUUACUUAUGUCAUUUAUGAACAUAAGUUAUUGUA